AUGGCCAACACCCUCGACAAGGUGGCGGAAGAAACGGUCCGCUCGCUAGAAACUCGCUUACGCCGAAUCGAGUUCGUCCUUUCUGGCACAAGCGAAGACCCCGUCAGCGACCUCUUCGCCCUCCGAAACGCCGGACGAGAGAAUUCCGUGCACGCCCGGUUGGCAGCACUGGAACACGACCUGGCCAAAUUAUGCAGGAAGUCGACCACCGUGAAGGAAAUGAUUGAUCUACGUCAGCCACUCCUCCUCCCCUUCCCCACUCCACGCCGACCCGUUGACAAACAGCAGACAAAAACUGCCCCGAAAUCUUCAAAGCCGCACAAACUCAUCCUCACGCAACCUCCUCAUCCUCGUCGUCAACCCUGACUCCCUGCGAGAAGCUAUCCACAGCCCUCACCGCUGCUCCAUCCAUACAUGCUACCUCCUCUCAAUUGACCUCGAUCCGAGACACUCCGAUCCCUGACCCCAACGUAUCCGCCGACCUCAUCGCCCUUCUUCCCCGCAUCAACCGCACAGAGAUUAUGCAGCAGACGCAGGCGCGGGAGAUCGCCGAGUUGAGGAGACGCAGUGCAGCCUUGCUGGAGAGGUGGUACCUCCUUGGGGUCGAGGGGGUUAACGAGUGCUUUGCCGAGUGGGAUGAGCGGACACUCGAGGUUGAUAAGUUGCUCUCUAGAAAGUUGAGGAUGGCGGAGGAAUGA